UUGUCAUGGUCCCCAUCAAUCGUAAGCAUACAAAGAUUAGCGGUGCCCAACCAGAAGUGUGCAAGCGUGGAGAUUUUAUGGACCGUAUGUAAAUAAGACAAUCCUAGCUCCAAAAAUUUCCGCAGUUUCUUCACACACAUUCCAGCAUGAUCUCAAAGAUCUCCGGCCUUCUCUUCUUCCUUCUCUUCUCCCCCUUCUCCUCCUCUUCCUCUCCCUACUCCGACCUCUUCGAAUCCUGGUGCCUGGAACAUGGAAAGACCUACACCUCCGAGGCCGAGAAGCUAGCUCGCUUUCGGGUCUUCGAAGACAACUUGGCUUUUGUGGAGAACCACAACGCCGCCGCUAAAUCAACCUAUUCCCUAGCCCUUAACGCCUUUGCUGACCUCACUGUCCAUGAAUUCCGCGCUGCUCGCCUCGGCCUUAGCCUUGGUCUCAACCUCGAGCUCGCCAGCGCUGGAAAUGGCGAUCGGGCGGUCUUCCAGGGAUACGAUGCUGCUGUUCCGGACUCAAUUGAUUGGAGGGAUAAAGGGGCUGUCACCCAAAUCAAGGAUCAGGGAAGCUGUGGUAUAUGUGGAUCUGUGAUCGAUAGUUUUAGUUGGUCUUUCUUUUUAUUUUAAUUUUAUCUUUUUCUU